GUGAAAUUAAAAAAACCUUAAAGAAAUGUUGAAAACUUCAACAUUUACUAUUAUUUUAAUAGUUUUUAUAUUAAAAGUUAUAGCUGGACUGCCCAUAGGAUCCAGAGAUGGCAUAGAAAUACCACCACCGGAAGUGCUUAAAUUUAUGAGACGCUUUGGCUACUUGGAUCAAAAUCCCGAUGACUCAGAGGCCUUGUACCAUGAAAGUGCCAUAGUGGAAGCCAUUAAAAAUAUACAAAAAUAUGGUGCCUUAAAUCAAACGGGUAGACUUGAUGCUCUAACUUUAGAUCUGUUUACUAAACCCCGUUGUGGUGUACCCGAUAUUGAAGGCAAGCCAUAUUAUCUAAGACAACAACCAGUCAUUGCUGCUAAACAGAAUAGUCUCAGGCCGAGAACGAAACGUUUUAUCUUUGGUGCAAAAACUUGGAGCAAAAGGAAUAUCAAAUAUUUAAUCGGCAAUUGGUCCCUAAAAAUACCACGCGAGCAAGUCGAAAGAGAUAUAGCACGAGCCUUAAAUGUGUGGUCACAAUACAGUAACCUGAAAUUUCAUCGAGUGGAUGACACUUCGGCCGAUAUAAUUAUCGGUUUUGGGGCACGUUAUCACGGAGACAAUUAUCCCUUCGAUGGUUCCGGCAAUAUACUGGCUCAUGCCUUCUAUCCCUACGAAAUGGGGUCCUGGGGCGGUGAUGUCCACUUCGAUGAGGAUGAAAAUUGGAAAGAAAAUUCCACAGAUCUGGCCACAGGUGUGGAUUUCUAUACAGUGGUUUUGCAUGAAUUGGGUCACAGUUUGGGUUUGGCUCAUUCGCCGGUCUUCAAUUCGAUCAUGUUUCCCUAUUACAAAGGACCCGAGCACAAUGUCCUGGACUAUGAUGAUACUUUGGCCAUGUAUAAUGCCUACUGUAGUAAAUAAAAAAUUGGAUGAUGAUGUGGUAAGAGAUAAUGAGGAUUAUUAUUCGGCAGAAGAGAGUACAGAAAAUGAGGAAAACACGGAAAU